AGGCUGUUAAACAGGAUGGCCGCUGAGGAGCGGCAUCUGCCCUCCAGCUGUGGCUCAUACAUAAAGACAGAGCCAUCCAGUCCAUCCUCUUUGGUGGACACAGCCAGCCACCCGAGUCCAAGCGCGCAUUCGGACGCCAGCGGUGGUUACGGUAGCGCCAUCCACAGCCACUCCAACGGUCUCGACUCACCACCCAUGUUCACACCGGCCGGGCCUCUGGGCGCGGCGGGCAGUGGCUGCCGUAAGCGCUAUGACGACUGCCCUAGCACUCUACUUGACGACUCAGGCCCCAUCAAAUGCGAGUACAUGCUCAACUCCAUCCCCAAGCGCCUCUGCUUAGUUUGCGGAGACAUCGCCUCAGGCUAUCACUAUGGAGUGGCCUCCUGUGAAGCCUGCAAGGCCUUCUUCAAAAGGACCAUACAAGGUAACAUAGAGUACAGCUGUCCAGCCACCAACGAGUGUGAGAUCACAAAGCGAAGACGCAAGUCCUGUCAAGCCUGCCGCUUCAUGAAGUGUCUAAAAGUGGGCAUGCUUAAGGAAGGUGUUCGUCUGGAUCGAGUGCGAGGAGGCAGGCAGAAGUAUAAAAGAAGAAUUGAUACAGAGAACAGUGCUUACCUGGGCCUCACACUCCCACCUCCAGCUAAAAAACCAUUGACAAAGAUCGUGUCACACCUGCUAGUUGCAGAGCCAGAAAAGAUCUAUGCCAUGCCAGAUCCCACCAUGCCCGAAAGUGACAUCAAGGCACUAACCACGCUUUGUGAUCUCGCCGACCGAGAGCUGGUCGUCAUCAUCGGCUGGGCCAAGCAUAUCCCGGGGUUUUCCAGCUUGUCUCUGGGAGACCAGAUGAGUCUACUGCAGAGCGCCUGGAUGGAGAUUCUGAUCUUGAGCAUUGUGUUCCGCUCUCUGCCUUAUGAGGAUGAGCUGGUUUACGCUGAGGACUACGUGAUGGACGAGGAGCACUCCCGGCUCACGGGCCUGCUGGAUCUGUUCGUCUCCAUCCUGCAGCUCGUCCGCAAGUACAAGAAGCUAAAGGUGGAGAAGGAGGAGUUUGUCACGCUUAAGGCCAUUGCCCUCGCCAAUUCAGACUCCAUGCACAUAGAAGACGUAGAGGCGGUUCAGAAGCUGCAAGAUGCUUUGCAUGAAGCGCUGCAGGACUUUGAGAGCAGCCAGCACACAGAGGACCCACGACGGGCAGGCAAGCUGCUCAUGACCCUGCCCCUGCUGCGCCAGACCGCCACCAAAGCCGUACAGCACUUCUACAGCAUUAAGGUGCAGGGCAAAGUGCCUAUGCACAAACUCUUCCUAGAAAUGCUGGAGGCCAAGGUGUGAACAGGACGAGCCGCAAGACGUUAGAGACUCACUGAGCAAAAAAUGAGGGAAGAGACACACUGUUGAUGAACAAACAGGUUACAGACACUGUCACCUCUCUACCCUCUGUCUUUUCAAAUUGUCUCCAUCUGUCUGUCUUAAGGACAUGAGACAUUUUUAAAGAACAAGCUAAAAAAAAAAAAUGAAAAA